AUGGACACAAUUCUUUUCGAUUCCUAUAUCUCUGUCUCUCUCUCUCUCUCAAUUUUUCUCCUAUAUGAACUAAAAAACAUAGGCGGAGCUUCAGAGAAAUCAGAAGGCUUUCGCUAUGCUUUCGCUCCUCAUAACAUCUGGUCAUUUCGGAUGAAAAAUUGUCCAUUCCUCCAAGCUUAUGAUAUUUCGAAGAAAUUCGAAAUCGAAGGAUAUUUUCUUAUAUUUUCAAUCAUAAAAAAGAUGCGAAUCUUCACACGAAAAACCAUAGUGGACACAAUAUUCUUUUUCUUUGACGACUCCACGGCCAAAAUGAGAUGUCGCCUACGGAAACAGUUGUUUAUCAGACGGAAUAAGGCAAGUUCGGAUUUUAGGAGAAAUCGGUAUCGUGGGAAGUUUCCUGGAAAAAAAGAAGAAAAAUUUUCAUGUAAUUUUAUUUAUUUAUUUCAUCGAAGAGUGGAAUAUGUAUGUGCAAAUUUAGUCAGCAGGUCACAAAACCGGAAAAAAACACAGUUAAAAAAAUGUGGUCGGGUCUGCGACAUCUCCCUCUUCCUUGCAGUCCUUGGUCUGAUCCUUGUCAUUAUCGACUCUGAACUUACAGCUCUUUCUGACUCUACCGGUGUUACAAAAGCUUCCCCCAUUUCCGUUACCCUCCGUUCCGCAUGUGUUGUCUCUACAUUUUUUCUGAUCUGCUGUCUGGUAAACUAUCAUGCGAUUGAAGUGAAGAUUGCGCUGAUUGAUAGUGGAGCGGACGAUUGGCGAGUCGCGUUUAGUACCGAUCGAUUUGUGAAAAUGCUCAUUGAAGUGCUCGUUUGUAUGAUUUGUCCUUUUCCUGGCGAGUUUGAACCGGGGAAAAUUUAUUACGGUUUUAAGCACAAUUUUCAGAAAUUUCGAUUUUUAGGCACUUUUAAUAAAAACAAACAUCGUCAAACUUUAACUGAAUUUAUGAAGUUAGAGACAGACAAUAAAGUCUUCUCUGAUGGUCUCAUGAAAAUGCCAUACAUCAACGCGGACACUCGUCAUGUCAAAAUGAUCAAUGUACCUGUGGAUGUGCUUCUAUCUGUUCCAAUGUUUCUACGCUCUUAUCUCGUCUGCCGAUUUAUGGUUCUUCAUAGCAAACAGUUUCAGGAUGCCGCCACCCGCUCAAUUGCCGCACUCAACCGAAUCUCCAUGGAUUUCCGAUUUGUGAUCAAAACUAUGAUGGCCGAUCACCCACUUCGCGUCCUCAUAGUUUUCACUCUAUCCUACUGGAUGUGCAUGUCUUGGAUGUUCACACAGUGUGAAAGAUACGACGGUCAACUAGACGUGGAGCACUACUAUCUCAACUCUAUGUGGUUUAUAAUGGUCACUUUUAUGUCUAUUGGGUACGGAGACAUUGUGCCAAAUACCUACUGCGGACGCUGCCUUUCGAUUACUACUGGAAUUGUGGGUGCUGGAGUGUCAUCUGCUCUAAUUGCAAUAAUUUCUCGAAAGUUAGAGUUAUCUAGAGCCGAGAAGCAUGUGAACAACUUUAUGGCUGAUUCCAAAUUAACCAAUCAACGGAAAAAUGCAGCAGCCAGUGUGCUUCAGGAGACUUGGUUUAUCCACAAGUACAAAAAGGCUCUUCACAAGGGUGACGAUCUUCGUCUCCGCCACCAUCAACGUCGUUUCCUCCACUCGAUCAACGAAUUUCGCCGAAUCAAGUGGGAUCAAAGGAAGCUCCAAGAGAAAGGGAAUUCACUGUUGGAUGUUGGGAAGUUACACAGUGAUAUGCAUGAGACUCUCUGGGAGAUGCAUAGAACCCAAGAUCACUUCAUUUCUCAAAUCGACGUGCUCACUCAAAAAAUCAUGGAACUCCAGAUGACACUGAACACCAGACCGCCAUGCUGUGCCCCUGCCAACACCUCAUCAAACGACGCCUACUUCUCAACAUCCACUCAAAUCGGUACUGUUCUUCCUACUGUGGUUCCAGCCAUUCCUCUCCCAUCUCAAUCUCCUAUGCUUCAUGCCAGCCAAUCUCAUCGUGAACCUCUUCAAAUCUCUACCACUUCUCCAUCUUCCAACGGACUUCAAAACUCUGCUUCGAUUCCUAGAAUCUCGGUUGGCUCCACAUCCUCUUCGACGUCUUCUGGAGCAUCUUCUGGAAAUGGAAGCCUUCCUCAAUGUACAGUAGAUCAGUUGUCAAAUUGUCCAACUGGAGGAAUUUAUGCGACUGUGACUACUCCUUUGAUUUCAAGCUUUGAAGAAGUUUAA